AAUUGUACUACUUCACUACCUUCGAGAUCUAAUCAGUGGAAGACCCAAUCAAAGCUUGAUUAGUCUUCCAAGCCUGUGGUUGUUGCAACUACUGCCAAUGAGGAUUCCUCAGUCUAUCCUUCGAUUGGUAAUCUAGAAACCCUUCUUAGACAGAUGAUAUCAUCUUCCUCUACAUUUACUGCCUUGCCUACCAUCCUAGGUAAAGUUUCUUGGAUUUUUAACUCUAGUUGUUACAAAUCAUAUGACUUCCAACUCUACACUUUUUUCUACAUUAACUCCUAAUACCACUGCACCUCCUAUCCAUACUGCUGAUGGUUCACAAAUGCAAGUUAGCCAAUAUGGUCAAGUUUCUACUUCUACCCUUACCCUACUAAACACUUUCCUGAUACCAAAACUUUCUUUCAAUCUUAUUUCUGUGGGACAACUGUGUGAACUUGGUCUUGAACUAAUAUUCUCUACUCAUGGUUGUCGUGUGCAAGAUCCACAGAUGGGAUAGAUUCUUGGGACAGGCCGUAAAGUUGGACAUUUGUUUGAGCUCACCUCCUUGCACAUCCCUUCUAGUUACGUUUCCCAGUUGUGUGUAGUCUCAACAUCUUCCUCGUUGCAAUUGUAGCAUCUUCAUCUUGGUCAUGCCUCUAUUAGUAAACUUCAUCCUUUAAUUCAAAAUGGGUCUUUAGGUUCUAUUAAAGAAGAGUCUUUACAUUGUGUCUCAUGUCAAGUUGCUAAACAGCCUGCUUUAUCUUUUAAUAAAAGUGAUUCCAUUUC